AUGAACCCCUAUCCCAAUCAGAAGUCCCGAGGUUUUGUGAGGCCAGUGACCCGUCUUGCUCCCCAUCGCCGUUCAGCUCAUUGCUAUAGAGCGCUGUACUAAUCCAGUAAGCAGCAUUUACAACACAGAGCGACUUACAACACAGAACAAUUUAGUCGUCAUCAACGUCCAAGUCCGGUCAAGUUGCUACGCGAGCGAUCACCGGACUUUCCGCCGUCUAUAGACUCGGGCUUGUUCAGGAAUACUCCCCACGUCCCACAUGGAAAACGAAAGUGA